AUGGAAGAUUAUUUAAAAAAAGAACUUCCAUUAUGUUCAUCAACUUUUUAUUCAUGUAUGAAUUCAUUAGAAUGUGAAAGUGGUACAAUAUGUUUCUCACCAUUUGGGCAAUGUUGUACAAAUCCUUUAAAAAAUUGUCCUAAUCCAACAAAUUAUGGUAUUAGUUGUAAAACACAAUCACCAGUAAAUUGGUGUAAUAAAGAUUCCGAUUGCCUAUCAUCAAGAGCAUAUAUACAAAAAAAUUAUAUUUGUUGUCCAACAGGAUGUAAUUAUAAUGUUUGUUUAGAAGACAAAAAAUCGAAAACAUUAUUAAUUACAGAAGAUUCUAAUGUUCAUCCAUCAAUUAUUUCAAUUAAAAUUUUUCCAGAUGAUUGUCCUGAUAAAGAAACAAUGAAUGUUCAAUGUAAUACAGUUAAUCCAAUUUCAUGGUGUGAAGAGCAAUACCAUUGUCCAACAAUUUCAAUGGAUAUGCCAAGAAGGUGCUGUCCAACACCAUGUGGAUAUAAUACAUGUGUCUUAAAAGUUAAAAAUAAAUGGAUCAUUGCAUAA